GGCAUGGGUUUGGUUUCACUUUUGAAUUCUCUGUGUCCAGUGAAAUGACCAGUGGGUGACACUUGACACAAUGUGUCCCCUUCUCAUGUGACCUGCUCCUCUUUUACAGGCCUGCCUGAGUAGACAAGCUCAGAAAUGAGGAAGAGCAGGGUGUUGGCCCAGGGGCACAGCGGGCACGAUGGAGAGCAGCCCAUACUUUGUGCAGUUGGCACCAUGGCACUCAGGGAAUUCAGAUGUCCUGAACACCCACUAAGACCGGGACAUGGAGAGGAGACACCAGAGAAGGGGACAAAUGACAAAACCCUUCAGAGCCAGAUGGCCAUCAAGAGGAUUCAUGUGGACCUCCGGCCAGCGCUGGCAGGAAUCUGUGCAGAGGGCAGUAGCCCAGACUUACUGGACAGCAGGGAGGCAGUGCGCGGACCCCCAGGGAGGCAGGAUGUGUCACUGACCAGACGGACGGAGAGGGCAGUGUGGUCGAUGGCAGUGCCAUUCACUCAGCAUGACAGCAGCACACGCAAAUUAAUGGAGAGGGACGUCAGACUGGCGUUACCCCCAAUACCCGAGGGCAGAGAGGUGAGGCGGCCACCCUGCCCUCAUCCGAGAGCCAAAGUGAGCCCCGCUCUGGUCAACUUCACGGACAGAAGCACCCUGGGGUCCUUCCCAAAAGUGAUCCUGCAGCAGAGCCAGCCGUCGGUGGCAGUUGAGCAGGUGACAAAUGGGAAGGAUGUCCCCUCGGCCCUCCCAAGUGUCCAAGAUGUUCAGGUGCCAAUGGACCUCUUUGUCCACCGGGUGCUGAAGACCACGUGCAGCCAGGAGCAUCAGGUGCUGGUCGGCGUGCUGCGCUCUCUGCGGGGGGAGCUUUGGGACCCCAAACAGCAGCGGGAUUUACCACCCUUGUGGCAGACGGACGGUGACAGAAAAGUCACCAGUGGUGCCAAGAUGUCCUUGAAGGCCACUCCAGGACCACCGCAGACCAAGCCGAAGAAAGGGGGGCCGGUGAAGCUGAGUCUUCAGAAACGACGGCCGGUGCAGUGAGACCACUGGAGGUGACAAAGGACUCAGUAAACGUCGGGCAGUGGAAGGUGAAGAGGACAUGGACACUCGAGUGACAGAGGCGACUGUGACGACUGGCCUGUGUGACGGGGUCUUUACAACUAAAUACGGAAUCAGAGUGACGGCCUUGGGGUCCGACAUGGGAUUGGCCAUCUGUGAGUUCAGCUGUCCAAGAGAGCAGGAGAUGAAAAGACAAUCAGCAGGAAUGAGAACAAUAGCAACUAAUAGGGGAUGACAUGCGGGGGUCCCAGAUUGCUAGGGGGUCCACUAGAGUCUGGUGGGCUUCAUUUGGACUUUGUGUGACUUUGUUUCAGUGACGAGUUGGAGCUUCCAUUUUGGAUGUCCGGUCACUGUGACCCGUGUCUUCAUGGUGGCCAUAACAUGUGAGUUGGCAUUAAGUUUAACCGAAUAAAACCGACGGCUUAUAGGUGGUCUUGUGGGGGUUUGGGUUUCUGGCCGUUCUCCUGCCCAGUCCGUUACUCAAAUAAAACGAAAUAAAACGUCACCAGUUCACCUCUGAGACCCCUGAUCAUGGGACCUACAGCAGGCCCUGUUAUUGGGGUCAACCUUGCAAUUAUGCCCCCUAUUGGCGUAUUUGUGGCACAGGCAUUCUGGAAUGCUGCAUGUCAAUGUGGUAAAGACACUGGCAUUUCAGCAUGUGGCACGUUGGCACCAUUUAUACAUUGGAGUUACGCCGGGCAAAGCAGAAUCUGAAACAGCGGCGAGGGGCAGAGUGAUGAUGAGGAAAUCCGACCAGAAAGCCUCAUGAAGAAUUCAAAAAGACACUGAGUUGGGGGUCCACUCGAGUGGGCAGCUGACAGAUGAACAGCAGUCGACAGGCCACUGAAAUGAGCCAUAAUGGUGACCCUGGUCACCUCAGUCACCCUUCUUUAAUUCUCACCGUCUGACCAUAAGAGUGGUGGUCCUCAGCCUGCUGCCACCCGUCCCGUCUCGAGCUCUGGUGGGCUGCACCAGUUGUCCUAGUGGACAGAACCCCAAAUCAUCCCGUUUUC